AUGCAGCUAACUUUGAUCCAGCCACGUUCCCGGACAUUCCUGGUGCUGCUGGUGUCAAACCUGGUUCUGUGGGAGAAUGUGGCCUCUGUACCUUUGUGCCCCAGCUGGGAUGGUUCCUGCCAUGGGACCCUCAAGAACAUGUUUAAUUAUGCCCUGAGCCUGUCUUAUGAACUCCAAAACCAAACUGCAGAAAUGUUAAGUGACUUUUUGCUGGAUGUCCAGUACGCAUCAGGCAGGUGGUACCUUGAUGGGGCCCAAAGCAGUUGCCACACUUCCACCUUUGGAAUCAUGCUACCUGAAGAGGAAACUGAACAGAUGAAAGCUAUAGUCCUUCUGCAAGAAAUACUCAUUUUGUUGGGAGCUUGGAAAGACCCUCUGCAUCAUGUCGUGACUGAGCUGAGUGGUAUGGAAGAAGCCCCUACUGCAAUCAUAGAAAGAGCUAACAUUGUAGAAAUAGUAGUGAAGGGACUUCAAGAAGGUGUUAGAAGAAUACUUCGCAAGAUUUAUCCCAGAUUCAAAGAAAUUGAGGAGUACCCCAUCUGGAAGGGACUGGCAUCCUUGCAGUCACCUGAUGAAGACCUUCGUGUUUUUGCAUUCCAUAGCUUGUUUCAGUGCCUGAAAAGGGAUUCACGGAAGAUUGACUCCAAUCUAAAGCUCCUGAAGUGCCGCUUUGUCUAUGACAGUGAUUGUUUUUAA